GAAGCGUUCGCGGUGCUCGGUGCGGAUGAUCCCGACAAGUGCACAUACGACAUGGGCUACCGUAAGCGCCAGGCUCUCUAUUCCUGCCUUACGUGCGUGCCUCCGCCCAAAAUUCCAACUCCGUCCGAUGAAACUGAAGAAAGCGGUGGAGGAAGCAGUCGUGAGGACCCACGAGGCAUAUUGUCUGAUGACUGGAAGCCGGCAGGAAUUUGCACUUCAUGCUCACUGAAGUGUCAUGAUGGCCAUGAGCUUGUGGAGCUCUAUACGAAGCGCCGGUUCCGGUGUGACUGUGGCACAUCCAGGUUUCAAGGGUCGGUUGUUCCUUUAUGCCAGCUGAAACCUGAGAAAGAUAUUUUGAACGAGCGCAACGAGUACAACCAGAAUUAUGCGGGUGUAUAUUGCAACUGUCGAAGGCCGUAUCCUGAUCCAGAGGCCGAGGCCGAAGGAGAAGAAACGGAAAUGAUACAAUGUGUUGUGUGCGAAGAUUGGUUCCAUGAGCAUCAUCUGGGUCUUGAGCCCGGGUUUGAGGCCCCUGAGGAAUUCUCGAACUUGAUAUGUGACCACUGCGCCUCCUUGAAGUGCCGUUUCUUGAAGUUGUAUCAUCAGCUGUUGCUAGCUCCAGAACGGGCUGGUGACGUUUCGUCAUGUGGGAAUGAAAACAAAAUUAAAGUGGUGAGCAAAGAGGAAGCGGAUGCCAAUGGGGACGAAGCAAGUAUCGAGGGUCCAGGCAUCAAAGUAUGCGAUGAUGCAGUAGCCGCUCGUGGACAUCAUGCUGCGGAGGAUGUGGAUGCUGUCAAACCUCAGCACUCUUGCUCAUCUCAUGAAGGCGCUCUUGAUGUACGUCCUGGUCCGGGAACAACGGUCGCAGACAGUGAAGCAGACUGCAAGCUAGCCUCUGUUUUGAAGGGGCAAUCUCUAAGCUCUUUUCUCAAAAAGAAAACUGCGGGUGAUACAACAAGCACAGCGAAGGCUGAACACUUGCCAACGGGUUUAAAUGUCACUGAUAGUUCAGUAGAGGCCACUAGUGCAAAUGCAGACGCCGACGCCCUUGCAGGCUCACAUGAUUCGGAAGUUGGCCCUCUUUUUCUCACAAAUGGGUGGAGGGCCUUCAUCUGCAAGUGUCAAGAAUGCACCAGGUUCUACGAGGAGCAAGGGGUGGACUUCCUAGUUGAUGUCGAGGAUACUGUCGAAUUUUAUGAGGAAGAAGCGAAGAAGAAACGGCAACAAAAGGAGGAGGAAGCUAGUGUACAGGUUGAAGCUCAGUUUCAGAGCAUGGACCGUGUUGCUCAGUUGGAGAUAAUUCAUGGCCUGAACAGCUUCAAGUCCGAUUUUCAGGAGUUUUUGGCAAAAUUCGCAGGUACUGACCAUGUGAUUACUGCUCAAGAUGUCAAGCAAUUUUCUGAGGAGCAGAAAGCGAAGCGCGUGCGUCGUUCGUGA